AUGCACAGCCCCUACAAGAACAACGGGUACUCCACCCUCUAUACCUCCGGCCUCUUCGCCUCCAACCCGAAUAGAUCGCCCAACAAGUCUCCCACCAAACGCCGCCUCCCUCCCACCACUCCCAGGCGCCAUCGAUCCUCCAUCCUCCCCUCCACACCCUCCAACCCGUCACCUCAAAAGUACAAGUCUUCAGGCGGGGAGCAGUCUGUCGAACGGUCCUUUGACGGUGUUAUGAAGACGCUCCGGCGGAUGGGGAUCUCUACCCCGGGGAGGGGGGAGGCUGUGAACCAGAGCAGGUGGUCGGCGUGGUCGAGUGAGGAGAAUGAGCCGCAGCAGGAGGAAGGGGAGGGGUUUUGGAAGGGGCGCAAGUCGUCGGAUACCACCCGCUCUGCCCGCCCCAAGCUUUCUUUUCGAGCGAGGAAAGGCGUCCCUCAGGCAUGGUCUGGCAACGAAUCCGCUUCAGCUUACGAGGAAGAAGAAGGCCGCAAGUCGUCUGAUGGACGUUCUAUCAAGUCGAGUCGUUCCAUGCGGUCUGUCAAGUCGAAGAAAGAGUGGGGACGCAAGUCGGAAGACGUUGAGCGACCUCCGUUUGAUGAAGAGAGAGUUCCUGACGUGCCCGCGUUGCCGCAGGCUAUGGAAGCGCCCAAGACACCCGGCAAGAAGGCCAAGUUGAUGUCGGGCUUGGUCAGGCGGUUAGGCUUGACGCCGAGGAAGAAGGGGAGCUCCAUGGCGCCGUCAGAGACCAUGGUCACACCCUUCGACCCUUCCCAAGCUCCACCCCUGCCUCUCACCUGCACGCCCCGCACCCAAAUCCGACCAGAGUCCAACCUCCCGCCUCCCCCUGGUAUCCGAGACGACCUCCCCCUCCCGCGCAAAACAUCCCUCUCCACUCUCCGUUCCGCUCUCACCAAGAAGGGCUCUGCGACCACCCUCCGCUCUGUCAGGUCAAACCAUACGACCAACACUGCUAAGGAGAGCAACUUUGGGGCAUCGUGUACGUCGUUGGUGGGGUUUGAGAUGGACCUUGAUGCACCGCCCCUUCCGCCUGGACUGCCGAGGCCGAGAGAGUGGGGAUCGCCAAAGACGCCGCGGAGGGGAGGUGGGGAUGGGAAGAGGACGCCGAAGAGCUCGAUUGGGCAGCCAAAGUUGAAGGAAGAGACGUCGCCUUCGGCUUUCCUUGAGCAGAUGCCGAGGAGGGCGCCAGAGACGCCAAAGAGGGAAGAGGAGGGUACGCCGGGGCUUGUUGGAGGGGAUGGAGAUGUUGUCAUGGGGGAAGACGUCACGGACGAGUCGCUGGAGACUACUGCUAUAUUCACUCCACCAGCUCCGGGUCCUGCGCCAGACCCUAUGCAGAAGCACCCUUUCGCAUCUUCUCUUCGCUCCACCACUGCUAUACGCUCGACCUCGCCCCUGGGCAACGCGUCGCCCUACUCGCCAUUCUCCCUCAAUUCAUUCUCCCCCGCUCAGUCAUCUACGCCUCUUACAGCCAAGGCCUUUGGGCAGGGGAAAGAUCGAAAGCCGAGUAGGCUCGGGUCGCUUUUGCCUGCUCUUGGACCGGCUCCGGUUGCGGGGCAUGGAUCCAAGCCCGUGAGGGCUUUGCGGUCGAAGAAGAGUACGGACGCCUUGUCAGUCUCGGGCGCGUCGGCACUGGGCGUGAGGGAUGUCAAUGCUAUGGGCCUGCCUGUCCCUCCUCGGUCUGCUACCUCCCUCGGCACAUACUCGUCUUUCGAUGGCGCGAGUACCGGAAAGAAAGAGAGCAACAAGUUGAUGAAAAAGUCGAAAGCGCCCGCAGGGGUGGUGGAGGGGCAGAUGAGAGUCAGUUUGGGGAGUAAGGUGGUGGGGCUGGAUGUUGAUGGGUGUUUUGGGGAGAAGGGAAAUCCGUUUGAGAGCGUGAGGUUUCCGACGCCGGUACAUUCACUUGCCGCUGGGUCUGAUGAUGACAGCCCUCCGCCGUCAUAUCAAUUCCCGGCACCUCCCAGUAGCCUCCCCGCGCCCGCCUCUACCGCCUUCGCCCCCGAAGCUCGAGAGGACGAAGAGAUGCUUGACAAAUCCCGUACUUCUUUCAACGACGACGAUAUCCCGGCAACUGCCGCUGCAAUGGGCGGCUGUGAGGCGGGGAUGAGCUUUGACGACGGCAGUUUCUACACGAGCGAGGAACCGAGCUACGUCGAGCCUAUCCCUUUCACCUUCCCCUGUCCCCGCCCCACCCACACUCCCCAACUCUCCGCCUUCCCUCCCCCCUCCUCCCCCCAUACACAGAACAAACACAUCCCAACCCCUUCUGCCGACUCGCUCCUCUCCCUUCAGUCGAUGACGACGUCAGAGUCGUUUGGGAGUGCGCUGUCGCAUGAUACGAGUGUGACGGCGCAGACGGCGAGGACGAGAGGGGGAGGGGUGGAUAGUUGGGAGCUGGAGAGGUAUUUGCAGGAGGCGGAGAGGGGGGAGGAGAGGGGUAGGGGGGGUGGUGUGGGUGUGGGAGGGGGGAGGGGAGGGUAUAUCUAG